UCUCUCUUUCUCUCUCUCUCUCUCUCUCUCUCUCUCUCUCUCUCUCUCUCUCUCUCUGUGUGUGUGUGUGUUACUCCCUCUCUCGGUUAUUGUAGUAGAAAUUAAAGAAAGCCGGUGGAUUGGGUCAGAGAACCCAAAAGUGAGGAGUUUUCCACCCCCCACCCUCUGGUUGAACCAUUUUCCACGGAUAUCGUGUACUGUCGUUGCGUGUGCGUUUUCCGAUCCGAUCUUUCCACCCGAGUGGCCGUUAGCGAACGACCGGUAGCGUGGCCGUUUUGGAUGCGAUCGAAGGGAAAAUCGAUCCGGGCGGCCCAUCGGGGUGAAACCUAAUCAACGGUGAUGGGCUCCAGUGUGUGUGUGUGUGUGUUACCACCCCUUUUGUGUGUAUGUGACGUGUUUGAGGACGGUUUUUUGUGUGUUCCGAUUGGAGUAAAAACCGAUCGAGGAAAGUGAAACACGAAUAGGGAGAAAAGUAAAAGCUGCAGGGUGGUUUGGUUUUUGUCUGUUCAUUACGAAUGUUACGUGAAUUCUCGCAGUUCCAUUUUCUCUACCGGCGUGAGUUACGCCAGUCUCGCGUUCGGUCAUAUUUUUUUUUGUCUAAUAAGGAAAGAGUUCAAUUCGCAAAGUGUUUAUUAAAUUUGUCCCGUGUAUCUCAACCACCCGCGUGGAGGGGUGCGAACACACCACCCUGAGCACGCCAUUUCUCAGAGCAUAAGAGCACAGUGGGUGAACUGUAGUGGGCCAGUGGUUAAAAAUAACAUCGCGCAUCGCACGCAACCACAAUCGACGCCGUGUUGGACGUGCAGUGUGUAGUGAAGUGGCGUUGUGAGAUGAUGCCGAUAGCGCAAUGAUCUCACCUGUCUGCUCAACGCAACAACAUGCGCGACUCACACAUCCGGGGCCGUGUAUAACGCGUCUUCACUUGCAGUGUAUGUGGCUGUGGAAGCAACAACAAAAAAAGUGUGCAAAGAACGGCAUUGAAGACGCAUCGCAAUAUUAGACCGUUCAAUGCUUUACCUUUCUACCACCAUCGCACUAACCUCAAAAAGGCUGUCCCAACAUGGUGUGCCGUGUGUUUGCACGCAGAAGUAGUGUUCAGUAUGUGGUUUUUUUGCUGCUUUUCGCAACAUUGUGUGGUGAAAAUCAUAACAUCGUGAAGUAACCUGCAAGUGGUAAACAACACACCACAGCCGUACGAGGAAGUGGAUAAGGGUGCUGAUUGCAACAGUGACAUGUGUUUUUAUUGGCUUAGAGGCAUCCGUAGGGUGUGGGUUAUUAUCAGUAGCGCACACACUUCACACGAAUGUAUGUAAAGGUGCUGCUUGGAGUGCAUCCGCUACCUCGCUAUCCAUCAACCCUAGCUAUACGCAGGUGUUUUUGAUUCUAUUUCCAAAAAGAAUCCCCCUAGUGUCCAUUUCAUCAAGCGCACCAGUUUUCCAACCAUUCCAACCUACUUCCUUCUUUCCUCUCCACCACGUAUGAACAACAGAUCCGCUAGGUAAUUCAAACCCCUAAGCUGGAUAAGAAGCUUCCUUUCUAAAAGCGCCUUUUUGCGUAAUACUGCUUUAUUUUUGCUCACCGAAAAAGGCAACGAAAACAACGGAAUAGGUACGGUUCGACCCCGAUGCCUUCAUUCUCGGCCCGAUGCCGAGGAGAAGGUCAUGGAGUGAAAUCGCGAAAAUUGUGUUCAGACCCCUCUCAAUCGCCACCUUCACGGACAAACCCACCAUCUUGUCCAGAUCUCAUAUGCUGCCCGAGAUUGUGCGUCAUUGCACGGGCCGUUGCGACGCGUCUGUACAGCACAUUGUUCCGCUAGUGUUCCGUAAAAGAGUGAGCUAAUCCAAACGCGUAGGAAAUACCACACACGAGAAGCUCAAUUUUCUUGUUUGCUGUAUUCUGGGUUUAAGGAGUUAUAUCCUAACGUUUACAAUGGCUGUGUAAUCUUAUACAUUUCUUCUAUCCACCUGUGUACUAUUGUAGUGCGACAGUCAUCGCGAACGACAUUACGUACGCUUAGGGCAGCACAAACAAGUGUUGGUUUAGUGACGAAUUAAGUGAACUUCAGUAACUACUACUUUAGUGACAGAAAAUUGUACCAAUACGAUCAAAACUGCUGCAUCAAAAAGUCAUGCUUCCGGUCGACGGUUUGCUACACAACCACUGAUCACAACUGCGCCGUCCGCAAUAAACUUGACCAUCAGACACCGUUAAAUUGAUACGAUGAACGUAACAGACGAUCGACUCCCGAAGCUAGAGUUCACACUUUCGGUGGACGAAGAAAAUGCUCUCACACUGUACGAGGAACUCGAGCAGACGGAUAUCAAUCCAACCAAUCUUAAUGUGAACUGCUGCUGUGGUCUACUGCGCACCUCGCCCUUCCACCAGCCAAAGUCAUCCUCAAGCCCUACCGGGCGCCUGCAGGUAGAUCCGUUGCGACACGAAGACGGUGAACAACAUGGACAUCACGGCCAUCAUCAGCACCAUCAUCACCAUCGGCAUGAGGACGAUACAGAACAUGACUUUCUUAUUUCUACACGAUCCUGCGAGGAUGACGAAUGCGACAACGCACUAACCGAGCGAUGGCGCCACAACGUGACACGACGCAACGAACGAUACCGUGCGUUUGGGUUGCUAGAAUCCAGCAUUUUGAACAGCUUUCAGCUGCAAAACUUUCGCCGCAAGACGCCUAGUGUUUUCGAUUCAUCUAGCUCAUCGGGGCAGACGAGUUGCAGUUCCACUGCAUCGAGCAUGAUUGAGGACAUAUCGGAUAAGAUAGAGGAAAUUGGAAAGCUCGACACCAACAUCCAUUCGCUCAUGUACAAAUCGGUCGAGCUGCAUAAUGACAUACUGUCCUUGGAAGCCACCACCAACCGCCUAAUAGCCGAUGCGAAAAAACUCUCGGACGAUCUGGACGAUGUACGAUUCCUAGACGAGCUGAUAGCCAUUCUAAACGGUGACAUCGGUCCGGUGAUACAUCGCGAAUGGCCGUACAAAAUCGACACGGACGCCCCGAUCGAAGAAGGCACGCCGGUCACCUAACCGGCGGACAUGAAUCAAUCUCAGUGCACGCCAACCACCAGUGUCCGCAUUGGAAGUCGGCGCGUCCGAUUUUGCUAGUACGCCCCGUGAGCCGGUCCUAUUAUGUCUUAUUACACCGCUAGAUCCUCGUGACCGGAGGUGGGCUUUGUAGUGCCGCAUCCAUGGUCAAAAAAGAAACAGCGCACGGCGAAGAAAAGCUGCUACACCUACACUUCAAGUCGUAUUUUUCCGAAUCGAUAGCAGCCAAACAAACAUUUCCUUUCUAGCGCGUACCGACAAGAAAACCAAUGUCCAACAAACCGGGCAAACAUUGAGGCAAAUGUCCGCGGCUUCGUCCUCGACGAUAAUUGGCUUACGGGCGUGGUGGAAAACGUCGUCCACGGUCCACUCUAGCCUGUCCAAUAUUCGAUUUAAUGCUUCCGGGAAUGCAGCGAUUUUGUGUUCCCCUUACCAAUACCGCUGUCUUGGCAAUACGGCAGCUUCUUAGCCAACAUAAUUGUAAGUGAGUAACAUUAUUGGUAAUUGGUAAAAAAAAAUAGAUCAAAACGAGCAUACCUCAUCCGUUUCGAGAGGUCGAUUGUUUCGCACCAUUUGCUUGUGACGCGUGUUUUAAAACAUACGCUAAUGAGCACCAUUACAGUAGAUUAGAAAAUUAUACCUAAGUUAAACUACUCUGAAUACGUAGGUUGUACAAUAAAUGACCCAAUUGUGAUAAAUGUUAA